UCCGAACGUGUUUAAACAAACGAUAUCAAUUUAUCUCACUCAAGAGAUAAAAUAAUCCGUUCGUGCAAUUAAUAUCGCGAUAAUUAUUACAUCCCUUCCAAAGUGACAAGAUGACGCUCAGAUCGCAGGUUUGUGCUAGAUGUCGUUGGAAGCGGAGGUGUAUCGCUACGCAGUAUCCGUUUUGCGUUGCAUUGAUAAAAGGUUUAGAAAAAGGGUGAAGUUUGAGAAUACUUUGACAAUCGUGGACGAAUAACAAACGUGUCUCGACUGAUAAGUAGCUAACGAUUAGUCAACAUAGGAGCAAAGAACGUGACAAGGUAUUAGAUCAAGUUCGAGAAAAAUUUGAAAGCUUACAGAAUGCCGGACAUAUCCAGUAUAUCUCAUUACCCUUUAAAGGUGUCGAAAGAGGAAAGAAUGAUAUUCAAAGCAGCCGCGUAGCGACAGUGGCGCGAGUCAGUGGAGAAAGAGUGGCGCCACUGAUGAACUAUAAGAGCCGCAUCGGUGAGGCGGCGUGGUUCAGUAGUGUGCGUGACCGUUCCGGGAGGAGGGUGACUCCACGCGCGGCCACACCGCGAAACCGUGCCCCACUCGCCUCAACCACGAACGUCCACUCGUUUUCUCGUCUCGUGAAAACAUGGCGGCCAGCGACGACGAGCCGAUGCAUCUCUACGAGGUCUUUCAAAACUGCUUCAAUAAGAUCGCCAACAAGCAUCCUGAAAAAUUAGGCUUCCAGUCGCCGUAUGGCCCCACGAUGGACAAUGGGAUGACGUAUGGUGGAGGAACGUUCGGUCCGACGGCAGGAGGGCCAGGCGGGGGGCCAGGGGGAGGUGGAGGUGGAGGCGGAGGCGGGGGCGGCGGGGGUGGUGGCGGAAAUAGCGGCGGCGGAGGCGGUGGAGGUGUCGAGGGCGCCACUUACCCCCCGGACUCCCCGUACUUUCCGUUUGGGAGCCGAGGCGUACCGCCCUCCGUGGGGACGCCCACCCCCGCUGCUAACCCUGCAGCACCUACCGGCAGCAACGGAGCACGACUACCAAAUUCGACAGCCGGUGCCGCAGCCGUUAAGAGAAAGAAAGACGCCCUCGAUGGAGCGGAUGGCGAAGUCGUAACAACGCAGCACUGGUAUGGCUCGGAUGAAUUCGGUCAGGACUCUCCACGGUACACCUCCCCCAAGGCUGCGGCCCUCUACGCAGAUCCCUAUUAUAUCGAUGGGAACGCUGCAGGAACGGGUCCAGGAGACCCAUGGACGGGAGGUGGCGGCGGUGUCCAGCCUCCGUACAGCGGCUACGCACCCCCUCACCUGGCCCAACCAGCCUAUCCCAUGCACCUACCCCACGACCCCAUGGCAUACUCGGCCAUGUCACCGAACGGAGAACCGGCGGCGCCAAUUCUCGGCUCGGCGGUGACCAGUGCGGCCUCGCUGCCACCAAUGUCGACAUUCCGGGGUAGCGGCGCAGUUGCGGCAAAUAGUGGAACCGGUGCACCAUCCCCGGCAUCGUUGCAAUAUAGUCAUAGUCCUGGUGCACCGACUACCGCACCCUCCGCCCCCAACUCUGCACCCACGACGAACCGACAACCUGCUACGGGGGACAACCUCGGCAUUUCUAUCUCGCAGAUUAACCCCACGAACCAAUCAGUAUCGAGUUAUAGCAGCAACCCAUCCACACCGGUCAGUUCGCCACCACCCUUGACUGGUUCAGCGCCAGGUUGGGUACCAGGUGCUGCACCAGUUUCUCCACAUUUCACGGCGGAUCCCAACCGUGGAACCAUUCACAUGCCGGCGCCUGAACAGCAGAGGCUAGACGAUGCCAUCGGCUUUCUUCGCGACCAUGCCGAGGUGAGGAAGGGUACGCGGAUGGAGGAACGACUGGACGAUGCCAUAAACGUGUUGAGGAAUCACGCGGAGAGCCAAUUAGGUCUUCAUUUGGGUCCCGUUGCUCCACACGGUUCCAUCUAUUCCCACACAUCACCACCUCAACUAGACCAUUUGACGAGUCCUCAUCCUGCGGUAACAGUAACGCAACCUCAGGGCUCCUACUCUGGUCUGACGCCCACACCCGACACGGACGGCUCCAUCAAAAUCGAAAGGUUACCUGUGACGAAUGCCAAAUACGUCUCUUUAGAAAAGAGAAAGGACCCGCCGGAUAGUAGCGGCGGCGAGACAAAACCUUCGAGCAGCGAGCUUGCAGCAGCGGGUGUGAUCUCUACGUCUCAAGGAAAAGGGACGAAGAGAUCGCGUAGAUAUUGUUCGAGUGCUGACGAAGACUGCGACGAUCCCAGCACCAAAGCGGUGCGCGAAAAGGAACGUCGCCAGGCCAACAACGUGCGUGAAAGGAUACGUAUCAGAGAUAUAAACGAGGCUUUGAAAGAACUUGGUAGAAUGUGUAUGACACAUCUAAAGACAGACAAACCUCAGACGAAACUCGGUAUCCUCAACAUGGCUGUCGAAGUGAUCAUGACGCUGGAACAGCAAGUUAGAGAACGAAAUUUGAAUCCAAAGGCAGCGUGCUUGAAGAGGAGGGAAGAAGAGAAGGCGGAGGAUGGGCCUCACCCUCAUCCUCUUCCCCACGCGCAUUCUCAGCGACUGUUCUCCGCGAUGCCUGGCCCACCACCGCCACUUCAAAACCAUACGACGCAGCCACAGUAGCACAUCCUGUGUUAAGGGGUAGAUACACCGGCUCACGGAAUUUGAACACUUAGCAUAGAAAAUAUUUAUGUUCAUAUUGUGUGUGAUAUAUAGAAUAUUUCGAAAUUUCACUAGCACUGUAACGAGAUUCGACUGUCAUGAUUACGUCGAUCAAAUUCGAAGUCAAUUUGAAAAUGUGUAUACAAGUUACAAGAUAUUCAUAGCAGAUAUGUAUUUAAUAAAAAAUUAUCAUACUGCUUGGAUAGUAUAUGAGGAGGACUAUGUAUGGUCCCACCGAAGAUAUUGGAGUUCGUUAAAAUAACGAAUAAUUCAUUGUUUACUUACUUUUCUGAUCUUUGCGAAAUAUACACUUGUACUAAAUAUCUUGUAAUUUCUCUCUCUCUCUCUCUCUUUCUCUCUCUCUCUCUCUCUAUCUCUAUCUAUCUUUAUCUCUAUCUAUCUAUCUAUCUGUAUAUUCAGAUUCGUUUCAAACUUUACCGAUGCAACCACGGUAGUCGGAUCUUGUUACGGUGCUAAUAAAAUCUCAAAAUGUUUCGUAUAAUACACAUAGUACAUUCAUAAAAGGUAUGUACGAAUGUUGGAAUACUUUCGUGAGCCUGUGUACGGUUUCACCUCUCUAUACCCCCUCCCACUCCCCGAAGGCGGCUUCAAAUUAUUUUUAUAAAUAGCGAGAAAACAAAGGAAUAUGGUUCCUCUCUUUCGAGAUAUAAGAAAACACAUUGUAGCGUGGUCGAGAUUUUAUUGAAACGAUCGAUCCCUGCUACUGGUAUACCCCGGCUCUUGUUGAAGUUGCCCACUUUUUUGUGUAUUGUAAACUAUCGUAUAAAGCACAAGUGCAAGGUUUCAGUAAAAAUGCAGUAUGUAUAGGUAAACGAUAGGGAAAAUAAGGAAUGGAGCGAAAGAAAGAAAGAAAGAAAGAAAUGCACGGAUCAUCUACCCAUCGAAUGUGGAAAAAAGUUCAAACAUAUCUCUCGCAUAAUUGUAUAUAUACAGCAGUAACGUACGCCUAAUCAAUUACUUUAUUAUGAUUAUUAUUAUUUUUAUUAUUAUUACUAUUAUUAUUUUUAUUAUUAUUAUUAUCGCCAACAAUAUGGCGAUGGUUAUUAUUAUUAUUAUUAUUAUUAUUAUUAUUAUUGACACGAUAAUGAUUUUAUUAUUAUUAUUAUUAAUUAUUAUUAUAAUAAUUAUCGAUUAAUGAUCGCCGAGGAAAUCCUUCGUGUGAGAGUUAAAGGGGACAUUUUUGUUUUUGAACAAAAAUAUAGCUCAACUCACAAUGUGUACCCAGUUGCCAUGUAUUUUAAUUUAUUUAGACUCUUAAAUAAAUUUUAUUGAAUAAAAAAAGAAACAAAUAUGAAGGAAAGAACAACAGCAAGAAAUAAAGCAACCAACAAUGACACUUAUUGUCGUGAGUGCCUGUGCUUUGCUCCGUCUAUUUUUGUUCUUCGCUCAUUUUUCUUCUUUCUUUUGUUUUUUCAGUUCUCUUAAAGACAAAAGUUGUCUCCGCCGUCUCUCUGGCUACCAUGUCCGGCCGUACACGAUCAAUCAACCUCUCCUAGAACAUAUCACGCGUAUCACACAGCUAUAUUUUUCUUCAAAGGCAUAUCUAAUGUUUCGCACGGUCCUAGAGCAAAAUUUGUUACGCACGUCUCGUUCUCUUUGCUUUAGUAUCCAUCUCUCGCUGUUCUCUUGAAUCUGGCAGACGAUAGUACUUACUUUCUCGUCUCUCUUGUUAUUUUCUUCGUUCUUCUUUUAACCAAGUACCAUCGCGCGAAUGAAAGCGACGAAGGAGGAGCUGCUGCCGUGAUUAAAUAAAAAUAAAGCAGGAUCAGGACCGUCGAAACAAACCGCGUUGAAUGUCGAUUCGUAACGUCGCAGAGAUGCACAAGUUCUUGAUCAGAGAAUCGUGCCCAGCCAGAUCGAGAUAACUCGCACAACCUCGCUUUAACUUCUAAUUGAAAUUUCAAAUCGCGCCACGCCGCGAAUAUUAUCUCCGGAAGAAAGAAAGGGCAAGCAAACAGGAAUCAAAAAGGAAACGUGGAAAAGCUAAAAUCAGAGAACGGUUAAAAUGCGUAGGAGAAUCAAAAUGUACAUUAUACUACGAUAGGAGAUCAACGGCGAUUCAUGGGAGAUAAACUAGGCACGAGAACACGCAUAAACAGAUGCGAUCACGCACUUAUAUUCGCGAUGGUAAUCAUGUAAAAUAAUAACGACAAUAAAUAGCUCGUAAGCCCGUCUAAGCUAGGCACACCUGUCGAUGAUAGUCUUAGAUAGUCGAAAUGAAAAGGUAAAAGGCGAAGAGAGUGCGCAAUACGGUUCCAAUAGAAAUCGAGGAUCAUCGAAAGGUCUCUCACAGCGCAGAAAACUGCGCCAAACGUAAUUCGUCUGGGUUUCGAUCGUCACGAUAUCGAUUGCGUUUCACACUCUCCCCGAAAUUGCUCUUUAGUUCACUUCUUCGUGUAUAUUUGUUUCUAUUUCUCUAGCCUUUCUUUCCCCUCUUCGAUCAAGCGAAAUCUACAAGCUCGUUCCGUUAUGAUCGAACGAUCGACCGAGACUGAUCGAGACAAUUGCAUCGAUCGUUUAAAGUUCAGUCGUAUGAUUGCGAAUUUGAAAGUCUCACGUAUACGAACUUUGAAAUUGGUAACAUGACUUGGAUCCGCGCAAUUGUUCUCCAUCGAUCGUGUAUUGAUCAUUGUAUUGAGCAAACCAGGGAAAAGAUAAGGAAGGAGAAAAGAGUAGAAAGGAAAGCGUUUCUUUCUUGAAGUACGACGUACGAAGAGCUGGUAGGGUUAUUAAUUAGUAAUAAUUGCGCGAUCGAACGGCGAUGACACCUCUUGUUUGCCACAGACACGAUUGUCGACAAGUGAAAUCACACGUGUAUAUUAGAUAUUACGGACAUUAUUGUAUAAUAUGUAAUUAAAGGAGAAACGUACGCAGGUCUGGUUCGCGUGACACACCACCGGGCCUUAGGAGGAUAAACUACUUUUCCGACAUGCAUGCGAUUGUUAACAAAAAUCAAGCGCGUCUCUAUUAACAUCGAUGAAGCACGAGUUGAAUAUUAUGCAUAUAUUGAAAGAAAGAGAGAGAGAGAGAAUGUGGAAGAAAGAAAAGAAAGAGAGAGAGAGAGAGAGAGAGUGUGCGUGCGCGUGCGUGUGUGUGUGUGUGUGAGUUAGAAAAAGAAAGAGUGUGUAUCGAGAGUAUUUCGUUUGAGAAAGAAAAAAAAUGUAUAAUUAUCACUAGUAAUUAUUAUUAUCACUAAUAAUAUAAUAAAUGUGCCAUUUUUUCCAUAAUCAAGGUGUUGCCUGAUUGCGGCUUCUUUAUUAUUUUUUGUUUUACUUUCAUUUUUUUUUUUUUUUUUUUUUUUUGUCUUUUUGUUUUUAUUUUUUUAUUUUUUUUAACCUAUACGCUGAUCUUUUUCUUUCAUCGCUUGACAUAUUUUUUUUCUUUCUCAUUCGAGCUUUCGUUUGUACAUUAUACACACUCCCAGUAUUAGACGGCACACAAACCAUUUAUAUCUUUGCUAGUUUCUUUUUUGUCAUUUUAUUCGUUUUAUAUUUCGUUUCUACUUGAAUAAUCAAUCGCUCGCCUAUUUUUGCAUAGGUACGAGAACAUAUAUAAUGUAUAAUGUAGAUACAUUUAACUGUUAAGACAUACUUUUAACCGGAAUAGUGCAGCGUACGAUACUAUACUCGCCCACACAUACGAUUAACCAUCCAGCUGUAAAAGCUGUACAAAUGUCGGCAACCUGCAGAGGUUUGUAAUACAGAUCUUCAACGUUUUCAGAAA